UCUCGCACAGGGGCAUUGGCGUCGACGUUUUUUUCUGUGUUUUUUUUAUUCGUGAGGUUUUUUUUGUUUUUUUAUUUUCUCAGUGUGACGAACAGGGAGAGGGAUGGAGGCUUAAGGGGUUGUGGCAUUGUUGUUUUCAAGCGGGAGUUUAUUUGUUUAUUGUCGACUUUAAAAAUAGGCCGCAUAGUAGCAAGCUAGCUAACAAAAGCUGAAAUUAAUGGAGGCAAGUUAGCUAGCCAGCUAACCUCAAGGAGCUAGCUAGCUUCUACGUUAACUAACUAGCUCAGAUUUCACUCCUCUGUUGUUGCUAGAUAAUUAACUCGCUAGAUAACAUCAAUAGCAGUCUAUCAAGCUUGCCACCAGACAUUUAGCUGAAAGAAAGGGUAGGCGAGUGUUUUAUUGUAACGUUAGGUGACGGUCGGCGGCUAUCCCGUUGGCUGGCAAGCUGUCUUGUGUGUGUGUGCCCUGGCCUGGGAUAGGACAUACUAUAACUUGACAGAACUUAAUGUUCCACUUCAGAAUGGUUUGCAGACACCUCUCUGUUGCUGGUGUAUUGAGUUACAAAUCUACAAUAAAUAACUUCCACUGUUCUACACCUACUAGCUGGAUGAUUUUCAAUGACAGACUUGACAUUCAUUGUUCCUUAAAAUGUAUAGUGCCCACUCCAUGCAUGGCAUAUUUACAUAUUUCUGUUAAAUAUUCUAUUAUGUAUGCAAUAUAAUGUAUCCCUCAUUUUUUGUUAUCUCAUCUGUAGACUGUUAUAAGUUUAAGUAGCCAUUGAUGAAACAUACUUUCUUGUACACCCCCACUACUGUGCUCUGCAUGCAUUUACUUGUAUGUGAACAAUAACAUGCCAUUUACAAUCCUGACCAACAGCAACACUCUCUGUCCGGGGGCCACGGACUCUUACAUACAAUAUGGCUCACCCUUUUUUUAAUCUUAGUUAAAUUAUUGGCAGUGGGAAAAAUGCAUACCAGUGAAGAAAAAACAUUUGUAUCAUUCAACGUUCCCCAUUCCCUUGAGGAAAAAUCUUUCUUUUACUCAACUUCUUGGAUAUGCUUAGCAGUUGCAAGAGACCAAGAACUUUUGCCAGACAUCAGUUGAGAUGGGCAUGGUCUCAUUUGAGCGAGCAGGUGUUUAUAAGUCAUGUUGCUUUUCAAUUACAGAAAUAAUGGAAGAUUCCCAUUUCAACUCAUCAUACUUUUGGUCUCCCGUUCCUACAGUACAAGGACAGAUUGAAAAUGCCAUGUUCCUGAACAAGAUGAAGGAGCAGUUGAGUCCAGACAAUAAGGGUUCUCCAUCGUUCCCUCACUCCUCGCACUAUCCCACCGCCGUGCUCACCAUGGACGCUGGAGGCCGGGUGGUGCCCAAACAGGAAGGUGGAGGCGUCCAAUUGAACGCCAUAGGUGGGCACCUGCACCAGCCGCACACCUCACAGAAUAUCACGGUGGUGCCCGUCCAGUCCACGGGCAUCAUGACGGCAGCGGGGCUAGUGAUAACCACUCCCCAAGGCACCCUGGUCUCUCAACCCACCUCCACACAAUCUUUUGUGUCCGGACCCCCUGCCACCACCAUGAUAGUGUCCUCACUGCACCCCACAAACACAGAGAGCAGCCAGCACUCCUCUCUCUACUUCUACAGCCACAGCAAGAAAGAGGAUUUGGUCAUCCCUCCUGCUGUCAUGCCAACGCCCGGGAAGCGGGGCAGGAAGAAGAAGUCAAUGAUGCCGAGGGCGGGCGCCACCCUCCCCCCAGGAAGUGAUGCGUUGAUUCUGGCACACCUGGCUGCUGGGGGACAGCACCACACUGCCGACCAUUAUGACUUAUCAAAUGAUGAGGAUGAGCAUGGGAACAAAGAUGGGACCAAAUCAUACAGGUGCCGGAUGUGUGCGGUGACGUUCUUCAGCAAGUCGGACAUGCAGAUCCACGCCAAGUCUCACACGGAGGCCAAGCCGCACAAGUGCCCCCACUGCUCCAAGUCGUUCGCCAAUUCCAGCUACCUGUCCCAGCACAUCCGCAUCCACAGCGGGGCCAAGCCCUACACCUGCUCCUACUGCCAGAAAACAUUCAGGCAGCUCAGUCACUUACAGCAGCACACACGAAACCACACUGAGGGCAAACCGCACAAGUGUCCCCACUGCUCCAAAUCGUUCUCCAACUCCAGCUACCUUGCCCAGCACAUCCGCAUCCACAGCGGGUCCAAGCCCUACACCUGCUCCUUCUGCCAGAAAACAUUCAGGCAGCUCAGUCACUUACAGCAACACCACAGGAUCCACACGGGGGAUCGACCUUACAAGUGUAUCCAUCCUGGCUGUGAGAAAGCAUUCACUCAGCUGUCCAACUUACAGUCUCACCGCCGGCAGCACAACAAAGACAAGCCGUAUAAGUGCCACAACUGUAACCGCGGUUACACAGAUGCGGCCAGUCUGGAGGUGCACCUGACCACUCACACGGUCAAACACGCCAAGCUUUACUCCUGUGGCCUGUGCAACCGCGCCUACACCUCGGAGACCUACCUGAUGAAACACAUGCGGAAGCACAACCCUGACCCCCUCACGGUGGCGGCAGCCAUCGCCGCCCAGCAGGCUCAGGGCCACACCCCCGGAGGAGGGGGCAGGGGGAGGGGCCGUGGGAGAGGAGGAGGCGGGGCAAAUGCAGUGGGUGGUCCUGGAGGGGCGGGCCAGAACCCGGGGCAGAACCAGUCCCAGAACCCCAACAACCCCCAGCAGGGCAGCUACCCACAUACGGAGGGCGUGCCAUGCUCCUUCGACCUGCACCAGUACAAGACGGUGUCGGCCGGCGAGAUCCAGUACAAGCCAGUCAGCGUGGCUGAUCUAUCGGCCCAUAAGGACCUCUGCUUGACCGUGUCCACCUCAGCCAUCCAGGUGGAGCACAUGAACUCAUAGAGCAGGAGGAUGGACAGAGGGGAGGAGAGGAGUUUGGACAGAGCAGAAGAUAGACAGAAUGGAGAGGGAGGAAGGGAGUUGGAGGCUGGUGUCACUUUAAAUGGGAGGAUAGGCUCAUUACAAUGGCUGGAAUGGAAUAAAUGGAACUGUGUCAAACACAAUCAAUGUGUUUGAUUCCAGCUAUUUCAAUGAGGCCGUUCUCCGAUUUCUCCUCCCACCAGCCUACACUGACAGGGAGAAAGGACUACGUAAAAGCGACACUGCCUUGUGGUUGGCGAAGGAAUGGAUGGAAGAAUGAGGUUUGGCGAUGCAAGACCCAAUCAGAGAAGGAAAGGAGGGCGUGAAGAGGGAACCUGAGAUGAAGAGGAAGUAUGGGAUAUGUAGUCCAGUAUUGAAUGAAGAGAUAAUCUAUGAAUGGUUCAAAGAAGGCACUUAAAGGAGAAGACAUCGAAAAGAGAUGAGGGGGGGGCUGAUAUAAAGAAGGCACUUGAUCAAUCUUGUAUUUUUACCCUCAUGGUUUCUCAAUGUUUCACGUAUUAGUUGUAUGUAUAUUAUCAUAUGUAUGUAUUUUUCUACCAACAUUGGAAUGUGUUAACGAACGACAUGGGAAAGUAAAAAGAUUGUGCAAGGAAAGUGAGUGAAAAGAAACAUCAAGAAACAGAGCAGAUUUUGUAUUUAAGAAUGAUCAUUUUCUAUAUUCCCAACUCAUUCUUGCAAAGCAAGGGGUAUGGGGGAGAAAGGCGGAUUGUGUUGAAACAAUGAGGUACUUUUAACAGUUUUUUUUUUUUUUUUUUACCUUUCAUAAAGAGUAUUAGUACCUUCGUUAUUCUUAUUGUACGCAACUAUCAAUGUUAUCCUCAUUAUUAUCCAUUGGAAGAUACUGUAAUCUAUGUAGAUAUGCAGUACCACUCAAAAGUUUGGACACGCCUUUAUUUUUACUAUUUUCUACAUUGUAGAAUAAUAGUGAAGACAUCAAAACUAUGAAAUAACACAUAUGGAAUCAUGUAGUAACCUAAAAAGUGGUAAAAAAAUCAAAAUAUAUUUAAUAUUUUAGAUUCUUCAAAGUAGCCACCCUUUGCCUUGAUGACAGAUUUGCACACUCUUGGCAUUCUCUCAACCAGCUUCAUGAGGUAGUCACCUGAAAUGCAUUUCAAUUAACAGGUGUGCCUUGAUAAAAGUCCAUUUGUGGAAUUUAUUUUUUCCUUAAUGUGUUUGAGCCAAUCAAGGUAUAGUUGGAAUACAGAAUGGUGGUCCUAUAUACAGAUGGUCCUAUUUGAUAAAAGACCCAAGUCCAUAAUAUGGCAAGAACAGCUCAAAUAAGCAAAGAGAAAUGACAGUCCAUCAUUACUUUAUUAAGACAUGAAGGUCAGUCAAGUGCAGUCGCCAAAAACCAUCAAGCGCUAUGAUAAAACUGGCUCUCAUGAGGACCGCCUCAGGAAAGGAAGACCCAGAGUUAUCUCUACUGCAGAGGAUAAGUUCAUUAGUUACUAGCCUCAGAAAUUGCAGCCCAAAUAAAUGCUUCACAGAGUUAAGUAACAGUCAAAUUGCUGCAAAGAAACCACUACUAAAGGACACCAAUAAGAAGAAGAGACUUGUUUGGGCCAAGAAACACGAGCAAUGGACAUUAGACCGGUGGAAAUGUGCCCAUUGGUCUGGAGUCCAAAUUGGAGAUUUUUGGUUCCAACCGCCGUGUUUUUGUGAGACGAGGUGUGGGUGAACGGAUAAUCUCUGCCUGUGUAUUUCCCACCAUAAAGCAUGGAGGAGGAGGUGUUAUGGUGUGGGGAUGCUUUGCUGGUGACACUGUCAGUGAUUUAUUUAGAAUUCAAGGCAAACCAGAAUAGCUACCACAGCAUUCUGCAGUGAUACACCUUCCCAUCUGGUUUGCGCUUAGUGGGACUAUGAUUUGUUUUUCGACAGGACAAUGACCCAACACACCUCCAGGCUGUGUAAGGGCUAUUUGACCAAGAAGGAGAGUGAUAGAGUGCUGCAUCAGAUGACCUGGCCUUCACAAUCACCUGACCUCAACCCAAUUUGAGAUGGUUUGGGAUGAGUUGUUGUUUAACACUUUUUGGGGUACUACAUGAGUCCAUGUGUGUUAUUUCAUAGUGUUGAUGUCUUCACUAUUAUUCUACAAUAUAGAAAAUAGUCAAAAUAAAGAAAAACCCUGGAAUGAGUAUGUGUCCAAACUUUUGACUGGUACUGUAUAUAGAAGUGACUUUUUUUUCAUUCAAAAAAGGGAAUGAUGUACUGCCUCUGUAAAGAAAAAACAGAGAUCUAAAUACAUAUGAAAAAGAAAACAAAAUAACUUCAAAAGUAUGAAUCGUUGACAUGUAUUUGUAACCCAUCCAAUCACAGAGCUCUAUUCUGCUCUGUAUUUAUUGAGCUGGCUUGUGAUUGGCUGGUCAUCUUACGUAUACUCCUUGUACUUCAUUAUGUGUCUUUUGAAAUAACACAGUUCUCAUUAUUCUUAUUGUUAUCGCUCCUAAUGCCGUUAUUAACUACCCUUAUGCUACACUCGCUGUAUAUGCACAGUACACAUUCAUAUGAACAGACUGUUUCUCCUUGUAAGGACAAUAAAGUGAGACAGUCGGAGAUGA